AUGACUCGUUAUUUCUGCUGUGGAAGCUAUUUCCCAGGCUAUCCUUGCUAUGGAACCAACUUCCACGGGACCUACAGAGCCACCCCCCUGAACUGUGUGGUGCCUCUGGGUUCUCCCCUGAGCCAUGGAAACAGUAUCUACAGCUCCAGAAAUUUCUGCUAUGGUGGUAUCAGUAACUUCCACAAUCCAGGCUGUUGCUAUGGCAGUAGCCUUUACAGGCCAUGGGGCUCUGGCUCUGGCUUUGGCUACAGCACCUACUGA